AUGAAAGACUGGGAUUCACACACUUCAUCUAAUGCCAUCACGAGCAUACAACUUGAAUGGCAAGAUAUGACUGACCCAAUGGACAAAAGCUCUCAUGAUUUCAGAUAUAGGGAGAAAGGCGGUGAUAUUAGGGAUGGAGGAACUGAUGUUGAACGAACACUUAAGAUGGUAGCACUGGGUGUAACUGGUAUUUGGUCCAAACCUGACAGUGAGAAUUUCACCCAAUGCAUUGACCGCCCCAAAAGUCAUAAAAAGCUGGAUGCAAAGACAAAUGGGUAUAUUCUUAUUAAUGCUAAUGGCGGCUUGAAUCAGAUGAGAUUUGGGAUAUGUGAUAUGGUUGCUGUUGCUAAGAUAAUGAAGGCGACACUUGUUCUGCCCUCACUGGAUCACACUUCCUACUGGGCUGAUGAAAGUGGCUUUAAAGAUCUUUUUGAUUGGCAACACUUCAUUGAGGCACUCAAGGAUGAUAUCAACAUUGUUGAGACGGUGCCACCAUCCUAUGCUGAAAUUGAACCUUUCACGAAGACACCAAUAUCUUGGUCUAAGGUCAGUUACUAUAAAUCAGAGGUCUUACCACUUCUGAAGCGGCACAAAGUCAUGUAUUUUACUCAUACAGAUUCCCGACUUGCAAAUAAUGGUCUUUCAGAUUCCAUUCAAAAACUGAGGUGUCGUGCCAAUUACAAAGCAUUAAAAUAUUCUGCCCCUAUAGAAGAACUUGGGAAGAUCUUGGUUGAACGCAUGAGACAAAAUGGAAAUCCCUAUCUGGCUCCACCUGCGUUAGCUUGUAAGGAUUUAUUACGAGUUAGACUUCAAAGUCUUUUGUUCAGGUAUGAGAAGGAUAUGCUUGCAUUUACUGGCUGUAGCCAUAACUUGACUGCAGAAGAAAAUGAUGAACUUUGUAAGAUGCGGUAUGAGGUCAGCCACUGGAAGGAAAAAGAGAUUGAUGGGUCUGAGAGGAGGAAGCUUGGUGGUUGUCCAUUGACUCCUAGAGAAACUGCCCUUCUUCUCAAAGCGCUAGGUUUUCCUUCCAACACUAGGAUUUAUCUUGUUGCGGGUGAGGCUUAUGGAAAUGGAAGCAUGCAGUAUCUCACAGACGAGUACCCUAACAUAUUCACCCAUUCCAAUCUUUCAACAGAAGAUGAACUAAAACCGUUCCAAAAUCACCAGAACAUGCUUGCCGGUCUUGACUAUGUCGUGGCCCUUCAAAGCAAUGUUUUCCUUUACACCUAUGAUGGGAAUAUGGCAAAGGCAGAUGUAUCUCAGAUGAAUUUUAUCAAGCUUGUUGAUGAAUUUGAUGAAGGGGAAAUCUCAUGGGAAAAAUUUAGUUCUGAAGUGAAGAAGAUUCACGAGGACAAAGUUGGGGCGCCAUAUUUAAGAGAAGCCGGAGAGUCCCCAAAGCUGGAAGAGAGUUUUUAUGCAAAUCCCCUUCCAGGUUGUAUUUGUGAACACAAAGAAUAG